CGAUCCACUACUUAAUUAACUCCUGUGUCGUGAUUGGCCAAACGGCAAAUCAUCAAUCAAUAUCUUAUAUAGCCAAUUACUUUGAUGUCCAAGAAUGACAAGUUUGUCAGUUUGAUUAUCCAAUGAAGGAGUGAAAUAUCGCUAAAGAUGCGAUCUGAUUGGUCGGCGGCGAAUGUUCUCUAAUCUAGCCAAUUCAUUUACGACAGAAGAGCGCUCAGGCUUUGUCUGUAGUCGGCCUCGUUUCUUGUGUAUCUACACCUUUCAUUGUCCAGUAUUUAAUAUUUCACAAGGCCUACCGCACACACACACAGACCAGAUAUGCCGACGAGAACAAUCGCUCAUAAAGCUACAGAAUCUUCGCCUGAUAUCUCUCGUCCUAGCAAUCGGGUACCGUUGGAAGCUUUACAAAUGUUGACGCAAAGUGUCUCAAAAUGUAACCCGGAGUAUAUUCAGCCACUUCCUUUCAAGGAUGAUGAGCAGAAAAAGUCUCCUCUGGCUCUUCUAGCGGCGACUUGUAGCAGCAUUGGGAAAACCGAGCCUUCAAAAGAAACAGGCGAAUCUGAGGGAGAUAACACGUCUCGAGCCCGAAAGAUAAGCGACGACGAAACAAGAUCUUCCUUUAAACCCUACAAACACACCGCCGGCGAAAAACUCGACGAAAUGAGCGCUGAAAAGGCCGGUUUCCGCGCUCCGAGCAAAGAAAAUAACACCUCUGUAUCGCCUAUUACGAGCAGCAAGGAGGAACGAGCGAAGACCUCUUCGUUGCAAUACCCGACAAGCGACGAAAGCCACCGUGGGAGUUCGCAAAGUAGAGUGUGCGGUAUGUUCUUAGAUCCGAGUCAGCAAAGUUUUGGUGUUCAUUCACUGCAUAAAGAGUGCGGGGCUGGUUGCGUUCAUCCAGCGUCUAUUCUGCCGUUCAAGACAACGAUACAACCGUAUCCGAUGCCAACAGGACAGGACACUGUCUCUUCUAGUCUGAAAACGCACGGUCUAGCCUCGUCGAUGCCGCUGAAUUUUCCAACAAGCUUUCCGCAGUGUGGAUGCGGGUUCUGCUCGCCACACACUGGGGAUGCAGCACCGGCACUCAGCGCUGGACGUCAUCAAUUCCCGCUACAUAGCCCCGCUGCCAACACGCCCUACAUGGACUACCUCCAGAGAACCGUGUGUCGCGAUGUAAACUGCACAAACUGUAAGCCCCAGUUUUCACCGUACGCCUAUCCGACGCCUAUUCAGUGCGGUCCUCAUUGCGCUCAAUGCGACGGUGUGAAAACGGAACAAAGCCCACAAUCGCCUUUUUCGUGCUUCGGUUACCCCCAUGGUAUGGCACUCUACAAGCCAGGGGCGGCCGAUGAGGCGUCCCCAUACGUGUGUAACUGGGUGGCAGGGAGCAAACACUGUGGAAAAUCGUUCUCAACCUCGGAAGAUCUCUUUCAGCAUCUACGAACCCACACGCAAGCGGGAAGCCAAGUGAAUUCGCCAUACGCGCAAACGACAUGUAACGUACAUGGGUGUCCGUGCAAGCUUAGGACAAGUCCUAUUCAAUCCACUUUGCAUUCCGCGCGAUACAGGCCCUACUAUUACAAACCACCGGUUUUUUCACCAGCUCCGACAGGCUGCUACUCGCCAUAUCCCCUUCACGGUUACGACACGCACAGACUUUUCAAAUAAUCGACAUGUGCAAUAGACAGUGCGUUAGAGAUUGAAUGGCAACGAACCUUGCUAAAUUUACAGCCUUUAAUAUUGGCCUGAAGUAAGUCAAAGCGAGUGAUGAGUGCUUGCAUGAAAAUGGACUUAACGGAAACUGCUCUGUGACUCUAGUGAUUUUUAAACAAAGACGAAACAGAGCACUCGAGAUGCUAACCGUUGUAUAUUGAAGGAAGAUAAAUGGUUUGGGUGUAAAUACGAAUGAAUUUGGAGUAAUUCUCUAGCGCAUUUUAUUGUUGGUUUAUAAUGGGGAGUAAUUUUUGCACUUAGAAUAAACCAUUUCGGAGCGACAUUUGUUCGCCUGAAAAGUGUAGACUUUGUUAGAUAAAAAGAACAUACUUGUAUCCAAUGAAUAAAACAUGUUAUUUUAGCUUAAAA